CUGAGGAAAUGAAGCACUUAAGAAAUGACAAUGUUACUGUAUGCAGCCAUCAUUUUUAUCAUUUAAAUAAUAUGCCUAGUAAUCUUUUUUCUUUCAGAGUAUGGUUAGCAGAAGGGAGGAGCUUUAGUCAGAAAAAAUAAGACUGAAUAUCUACUGUAAUGAUCAAAUGGUUCUAGUCCUUUGACUUUCUUCCUUGUGCCUGCAUCAUGUUGUGUUAUUACAGAAGAAUGAAUAAGGGGAACAUGAGUGAGUUGUUUUGUCAGGUUAAUAUUGUAAUGAUAUUACUUCACAAAGAUGUAGGACAGGACGGGGGAGGUAACAGUUGCACAACUCUUUGGCUUAAAAGUUGAUGUGAGAGAAUUAUUGUGCAGUUUUAGUUUGAUUUGCAUCCGACAAGAGCAUCAUAUAUAAGUAUUGCUUAUUUUAUUUCUGAAGGAUCUAUUUUGUAUUGUUUAAACGGAAAAGUGUGAACGUUGCUGUCCUAUUAUUUGAAUGUCUUUGUAGUGUUGCCUAAUAUUAAGGGGAGAUAUUAAAAAAACUUUUAAGCCAUUUUGUCCCCAGGGUUGUUUUGUGCCUAUCGUCGUUCACCUUUAACCAAUUAAAACGCUUUAUACAGCGUCCAUGGACGCAACACAUGAACAAACGAGAAGUCGUGCCUGUCACCUACGGCGUCCCUUCUUGCGUCGCCUCGUUUCACAGGAACUGCAUUUUCGUAAAUAUUGAGGAAGUGGUUUGACAGACGGAGUUCAGCGCUCACGCCGCUGCAGCGCACAUCUGGCAUCAGAUUCCACAAAAGCGGUUCCCGCUGACUCGCCACGCUGAAGAAAUCUGACGGGAAAAUGUCCCCGCGGACUGAGACGAAGAGCGACGGCGGCCGCUGAGGACUAGAGCUCGAGGUGGUGGUGGUGGUGGUGGUGGUGGUCCCCUGCCAGUCUACUGACCCCCGGCGUCCCGAGGAGGCAGAGAUCCGCAGGUGUCCAACUCAGAAAUAUCCAACCCUUCGGCCCUUUACGUGGCAAAGAUGAACUGGGAUGCUGGUACACAGUGUGUAGCCAAGGGAGACCACGGAAAACCCAAACCUGGAGAACUGGCGUACCGCAAAGGAGACCUCCUCACUAUUGUUGACACGAGCACGAGAAGGGGAUUUUACAAAGCCAGACACAACACGACAGGAGAAGAAGGACUCAUCAACUCCAACAGUGUUCGUGAAAGAGAGGCGCUACGUGUCGACCCCAGCCUCAGCCUCAUGCCUUGGUUUCAUGGGAAGAUCUCUGGUCCAGAGGCAGUGGGUAAGCUGCAGCCAGCUGAGGACGGCCUGUUCCUGGUGCGAGAGUCUAUCCGCCAUCCUGGCGACUACGUCCUGUGUGUCAGUGUCGCUCGAGAGGUCAUCCACUACCGAGUGAUUUAUCAGGACAGCAAGCUGACCAUCGACAACACACAGUAUUUCUACAACCUCAUUGACAUGAUAGAGUUCUACUCAAAGAACAAAGGCUCUAUUGCUACGACUCUUCUGAAGCCCAAACAAAAACAUGGAGCCAAGUCCGCCGAGUUAGAGCUGUCUAAAUCUGGAUGGCUGAUGGACAUUACAAAGCUCACACUGGGGGAGAAUAUUGGCGAGGGGGAGUUUGGUGCUGUUUAUGAAGGAGAGUAUAUGGGCCAGAGGGUGGCAGUAAAGACCAUUAAAUGUGACGUCACAGCUCAGGCCUUCCUGCAGGAGACUGCAGUCAUGACGAAACUCCAGCAUAAAAACCUGGUGCGCUUGUUGGGCGUCAUUCUUCACAAAGGGCUUCAUAUUGUCACAGAACUCAUGAGCAAGGGAAACCUUGUUAACUUUCUCAGGACAAGGGGACGUUCAGUUGUAAACUCUGUUCAGCUGCUCCGCUUUGCACUCGAUGUGUGUGAAGGGAUGGAGUACCUGGAGUCUAAGAAGCUGGUUCACAGAGACUUGGCAGCUCGUAACGUCCUGGUCUCUGACGACAGUGUGGCCAAGGUCAGCGACUUUGGCCUUACCAAGGUGGACUCCAAGGUGUCAGACAACGUCAAACUGCCUGUCAAGUGGACCGCCCCCGAAGCUCUGAAGAAAGAUAAAUUCUCCACAAAGUCAGAUGUCUGGAGUUAUGGUGUUCUUCUGUGGGAGAUCUUCUCAUACGGUCGUCUACCUUACCCUAAGAUGUCUCUGAAGGAAGUGAAGGAGAGAGUGGAGGGGGGUUAUCGCAUGGAGGCUCCAGAGAACUGUCCUCCUGGUGUUUACUCCUUAAUGACGAUUUGCUGGGAGCAGGAGCCACGCAGAAGACCUGCUUUCCACAAACUGAGGGAGAAACUCGAGCGAGAGAUGGGUAACCACAGCGCCCUGGAUUCCUUUAACCUAGCAGAUGGGUCAAGACAAUGACUCUGUUCAUCAAGUAGUGCCAGUGAGAAAAGCUUUAAUGGUUAGAGCCAUGGAUAUACCAACUUUGCUUUAAUGGGUCUGAGCAAAGCAAAAAUGGGUGAAUCAGAUUGUGGCAGGGUCCUAUUAAUACUGAGACCGAAAUAUCUCAGCAACUGUGGAAUGGAUCGUCAAGAAUCUUUGCACAGACAUUCAUGGUCCCCAGAGGAUAAAACCUAAUGACUUUAGUGAUCUUCUGACUUUUUUAGUGCCACCAACAAUAACUAUUGGAUGGAGUGAGUGAGUGCUUGAUAAAUUUACACCAUUGUUCAGCCGAAUGCCACGUGAGUAGGUGCUGAAGUUUCCCCAUUGACCCUUGCUCAUUCGAAAGGAAUUUGCUCAAACAGUUUCUAUUGUGUCAUCAGGGGGGCAUUUAUAGGCAGUUUUGGCAUUAACACCUUUGUCGCUAGAUUUCCAGAUUUUUUAGAUUUACCGUCUUUUCUUCACAAAAGCAACCAGCGUCAAAUCUAGGAACUUUUUGGAUGAACCUUAGCCACUUUCCAUAGAAGAAAGUUGCCUGUUUUGCCAACGAGCGCGAGGUCAGGCUUUCCCUUCGCAGACACACCUCUCUAUGUGUCUCAUUCAGUUGACCGCACAGCAGCUGAC